GGGUCUCAUCGUCCUGUAACCUAGUGUCCCUGGCAACAAACCCCCUGUUAGUCAAACUAACCUCCCCUGAACCUAUCCCUCUUCACGACUCUUUCUGGGAGACACUUUUGGAAUUCUCUUUCCAGUCCCCUGAUACCAGUGCAGACUCCAGAUUACUAGAAGAGAGUGUUCAACAAAUAUGCUCUUCUUUUGCGAAGAGUAAUGCGAGUAGUGGAAACAUGUCCACCCUUCUCUCCAUCGUCACUUCUCUUGUUAAACAUGCUCUCAGUCUGACUACUCCGCAAGCCAGGGAGGAGUUAGAGACCCUUUACAACUCUCUACUAAUCUUAAGAACUCUAACAAAGCAUUUGGUACAGAACGAGCCACUCUCUACUUCUUACAACCACUUCCUUACUCCUGACAUUGUUGCUAUGCAACCGCAGGGCGAGGCUACUGACGUGGACAGCUCUCCUACAAUCGCUCUUAAACACGUUGCUCGUUACGAGACAUCAGUGGACGAGUUGUGUUUCUAUUUGUACGAGUUCCUCAUCAACUAUCCUGUCAGGCUGGAUACAAUCCAAGUACACAGCGAAUGUGUGAAGAUACUGACCACUCUCCUCUCUUCGCCGCUCUACCACACCCCCUGCUCCUCCUCCUCCUCCCCCUCCACCUAUCUUACUGAUAUGAUGACAGGACGCUGUAGCAGCUCUGCUCCUCAACUUAUCCAGACACUGAUAACUAAUUCUGUGCAUCAGCCCCUACCUCAAGUAACUACAGUUGCCAGCUAUUUGUGGAGCUACGUUCCUUUCUCUGGAUCUGACAAGCCCCUCUACUCGGACACUCAGUUCUUCAAGGAGUGUCUCCUCCUCGUCCUCCUUCUCACUAAUCACUCAUCCCUCUCUGAUAACCCUUACAAGCGUGCACUUUGCUCCUUUGGGCACAAGGAACCUAGUAGUAAUGCUAACGAGACUUGUUUCGUUAUGGACCUGGACUUACUUUAUAGUUACUUCUGUAGAGACCCUGAGCACACUAACGAACAAGACACCUUGCUACUUUACACUCUUAUUCAGGGUAAUGUGAAUGUCAAAGCGUUCCUGUUGUCUAGGACAGAUGUGGAGAGAAUGUUGAUGCCGAUGUUGCACGUGGUUUACGAGGCUGAGCAGCACAGUACCCACCACAUGUACAUGGUACUCAUAAUACUUCUAAUCCUCACUCACGACGAUCACUUCAGCUCCUACAUCCAUGACCAGGUGCUAGGAAGUGUGUCGUGGUACAAGGAGCGCGUGUUAACAAACAUAUCAACCGGAGGGAUAUUGAUACUGGUCAUCUUGAAGACCAUGCAGACAAACAUGACGAAGAUGCGCGACAAAUAUCUGCACACUAACUGCCUCGCUACCCUAGCUAACAUGUCCUCUAAAUUCCACUCUUUUCACCCUUAUGUAGCGGAGAAAGUACUCAACUUAUUCACUACUAUUGUUAAGAAGUACACUAAGAUGAGGAACUCGCUGCUAGGAGUCGGGGGUGAGAUAACGGCUCCAGAUAGCACUGUGGAGUAUUGGGAAUCUGAGUUAGAAACUCUUGAAGACAUAAUCAGGAUGUUCCUGGAGAUCUUCAACAGCAGUAUUUGCUACUCAGGGAAAAAUAACCCAGUUCUUCUUUACGAGCUGCUUCACAAGCGAGAUAUUUUUAUCCCUUUCCAAACCCACCCUACCUUCUCAGAGCUCAUCAUCAAUAUUGAAAGUAUAUUGGGUUAUCUGACCACUAAGUUGGAGGAGAAGACAGAGGAACAGGGAGUUAGUGUUAGUGUUAACUGUGUGAUGGAGGUUAUUGAGGAAGUGGUCAGGCAGUGGCCGGCAGACCGACUACAGAAAACAGCACUGUUGAAGUUCGAGUACGUAGAGGAGACGCGACCAGAGGACUUCUUCCUUCCUUAUAUUUGGACCCUGUUAUUCUCCAACAGUAACUUGUAUUGGGACACUUCUAGGAUAACACUAAAAGUGUGAUCCAGUAACUUGGCAAUAUGCCAAUUAUUUCAAUAAAGAUAAAGCAUCUUUUAAGGUUUGCGCAGGUUAAUUGAAAUUGAGAACAACUGUAAAGCAUGUAAAGUGGGUCUGUUUUUAACGACGGGUUAUUUUGAUUAUCAGAUUAAGAGCGGUCUGCGCCUACCCCUCCAGUUCUUACAAAACUCGUUCAUUUUAAGUUCCAGUUUAAUAAUAAAGUAUAAGUGGUUACCAUGGUAACUAGUAUGGGUAUUGGAUACUAUGGCAUGGAGUAACAGUGUAUUUGUUAUUUUAUUUUCGGGAAUUCUUAUUGAAAAAGGUGACUAAAACCAAGAUUUAUUUGAUUAUAAGAAAUGUAUGUUGAUAUUAAGCUAAUUAAGCAAUAAAUUAUUGAUGAGUUGCCUUGACCAAUUUAGUGUUUAGAUCUAGUAUAGACGAUGUUGUUAUUGCGAACAAAUUAGAAGUUUUUAUGUUUGUAGGCUGAUCAG